AUGAAUAAUUUGUCCCAAAAAGCGGCUGGUUUAAGCAUUAACAACAAAGAGAAUGGUGACGAUGGCGGCAAACCUUCGUAUGUUCCACCACAUUUGAGAGGUAGCGGUAAACCAAUAUUCAGAAAAACCGGCCCUCCAAGAGAUGACAGGAGCUCAGGUGGUGAUUUUUUCAAACAUACGGGAAGGCAAAGUGGAGACAAUGGCGGUUUUUUUGGUUUUUCGAAGGGGAACAGUGUAGGAUCGAGUACAAGCUAUAACCGCGGAGGCAGUUCGGGAUUCAAGUCAUCAGGAAACAGAUGGGUAAAUGGCAAACAAGUACCAGGGCCAAAAAAUUCAAGGUUGGAAGCCGAACUUUUUGGCGUACAUGAAGACCCCGAUUACCACUCAUCCGGUAUCAAGUUUGAUAAUUACGACGAUAUUCCUGUAGAGGCAUCUGGCAAAGACGUUCCAGAGCCAUUAUUAGAGUUCAAUUCUCCUCCUCUGGAUGCGCUACUCAUGGAAAAUAUCAAACUUGCUGGGUUCAAUAAACCCACUCCAGUUCAGAAAUAUUCUAUUCCCAUAGUUACUAAAGGUAGGGAUUUGAUGGCUUGCGCCCAAACAGGUUCAGGUAAAACAGGCGGAUUUCUGUUCCCUCUAUUCACGGAAUUAUUCCAAAUAGGACCCUCCAGCGUGCCUGAAAAGGCUCAUAGCUUUUAUUCUAGAAAGGGAUACCCAUCUGCUUUAGUUCUUGCACCAACUAGAGAAUUGGCUACCCAAAUUUUCGAAGAGGCAAGAAAAUUUACGUACAGAUCAUGGGUCAGACCAUGCGUUGUUUAUGGUGGUGCACCGAUUGGUAAUCAAAUGAGAGAGGUUGAUCGUGGCUGUGAUUUACUCGUGGCUACUCCAGGGCGAUUGAAUGACUUAUUAGAACGUGGGAAAAUUUCCUUGGCCAACACCAAAUACCUUGUCUUAGAUGAAGCUGAUAGAAUGUUAGAUAUGGGGUUCGAACCCCAAAUUCGACAUAUAGUCGAAGAAUGUGAUAUGCCUUCUGUAGGUAACAGACAAACUUUAAUGUUUUCCGCCACAUUCCCAGUGGAUAUACAGCAUUUAGCUCGUGAUUUUUUAGACAAUUACAUCUUUCUGUCGGUAGGAAGAGUUGGCUCCACUUCUGAAAAUAUAACGCAAAGAAUUUUAUAUGUGGACGAUAUGGAUAAAAAAUCUGCGUUAUUAGAUUUAUUAUCUGCCGAGCAUAAGGGUCUGACCUUGAUAUUUGUUGAAACGAAGAGAAUGGCUGAUCAAUUGACCGAUUUUCUAAUCAUGCAGAAUUUCAAAGCUACUGCUAUACAUGGUGACCGUACACAAGCUGAACGUGAACGUGCUUUGUCAGCUUUCAAAGCUAACAUAGCAGACAUUCUAGUUGCGACUGCUGUAGCAGCUAGAGGGCUGGAUAUCCCAAAUGUCACACACGUCAUUAAUUAUGAUUUGCCUUCCGAUAUUGACGAUUAUGUUCAUAGAAUCGGUAGAACCGGUCGUGCUGGUAACACCGGUGUCGCUACUUCAUUCUUCAAUAGUAAUAAUCAGAAUAUCGUGAAAGGUUUGAUCGAAAUUCUAAAUGAAGCCAACCAAGAAGUUCCUGCAUUUUUGAAUGAUAUGUCGAGGCAAAAUUCAAAGGGCGGUAGACCUAGAGGCGGAGGCGGUGGGGGUUUCUUCAAUAACCGCAACAACAAUUCAAGAGACUACCGUAAACAUGGGGGAAAUGGUUCCUUUGGAAGCACGAGGCCAAGAAAUACAGGACCAUCGAAUUGGGGCUCCAGUGGAGGCGGAUUCAGAAACGAUAACGAAAACGGCGGUUUCGGAGGUAGCAAUGCUUCCUGGUGGUAG